UACAUAUUAAAAAUUGUAAAACCUUUUACAAUUAACUUUUAGUUUUAUUUAUUUGUAAAUGAAUAAUUGUUUUUUAAUUUCAUAAUGUAUUUAAUGACGUUUUGUCUCUCCAGAAUAUAUUGGAUUCCAUUUUAAAUUUUUCUUGCGGCUUCAUUUGUAACAAAUUUUUUCAUCUUUUCAUUUUGUUUGCUCAAAUAUGUCUUACUUUUCUAAGGGGCUUUCCACAUUUAGGCCAAUUUCUAACACCUGUUUCAGCUAUAACAAACUUGGCCUUAAUGACUUAAACUGUAUACAGACCCGUAAUUUUGGAAGCGGUGACAUCCAGGCAGUUGCCGCAAGGAUUAAAUCUGUGAAGUCAAUUCAGAAGAUUACUAAGGCAAUGAAGAUGGUUGCAGCCUCAAAGCUUAGAGCCGAUCAGAGAAGACUUGAAAUAGGACGCCCUUUUUCUCAACCUUCACAAGAUGUGUUGAACUUACUUCCAAUCUCAACUACAGAAACGGGCCAUAAGGACACAGCCCUGGUAAUAAUGGCCUCAGAUAAGGGUUUGUGUGGUGGCAUUAACUCUUCAGUCGCCAAGGCUACACGUAAUUUGCUUCAAAACGUUGACUCACAGUCGUCAGCGUAUUCUUUAUAUAUUAUCGGAGAGAAGGCGAGAAGCGCCCUUCAGAGAAACUAUCAAAAAAUGUUCAAAAACGUAUUCACUGAGCUUACCAAGACGCCAUUUAACUAUGCAAAAGCAGCGUACAUUGCAGAGCUUCUUCGUAACGGGAACCAUGACAAUAUUAAAAUUAUUUAUAAUCAUUUCAAAUCAGUAAUAAGCUACGAAACUAAAGUGCUGGAUGUGUUAACUUGGAAACAAUACUCUCUGAUGAAUAAACGAGAAUUAAACGUGUUUGAGACUGAGCCGGAUAUAGGGAAAUUUUAUCCUGAUUUUUACGAGUUCUAUUUGACCUCCUGUAUCUAUGGCUGUAUGCUUGACUCUCUUGCAUCAGAGCAAUCUGCCAGAAUGUCAGCCAUGGACAACGCAUCCUCAAACGCCACAGACAUGCUGAGUAAACUAACUCUAAAGUAUAACAGAGCCCGACAGUCCAAGAUCACCCUGGAACUAAUAGAAAUCAUCUCAGGAGCCAACGCUCUUUAAUACGCUAAAUAUAUUAUAAAUUC